AUUUCACAACUGUGACAAAUUUCUUGAGAGUGGCUGCAUUAUUAUUUUGUAAAAAUAUAAAAUAUAUAAAAGCAGAAUAAUUUGUUUUUAUACUCAUUUCGUUCUCUAACAAAACAAAUUUAUUUAAAUUAGGACCUAGCCUUUUUUGUAGUAGUUUUAAAUUACGUACAAAUUGUGAUAUUAAUUAUAAUUAUUCUAUUUAUUAAGUGUAAACUUCUAAAUUUAACAACAAAAACAAAAGUAAAAAUGUCUUCGCCAUGGGGAAAAGUUGAAAACGUGCAAAGCAUGAAUUUCGCUGAAAUCAUGUCCGAGGAAUACGCCCGAGAGAUGCAAAAUAAGGAAAUCAAGAGGAAUGAACAAUUGCUUCUUGACCGUCUGAAGAAUGCAACGAAAAUCAAAGAAAAAGAAAUACCCAUAUCGACGGUCGAUGGCAAGAAGCCAGAACUUGACUCGCUGUGGGAGUAUGACGAUGAUAAAGCAUCUGGAAGCUCAUCGGGUGGUUCCUAUGCAGAGGCUGUCAAGAUUCCUAUUGAAAUUAAAAAGCAAAUCAUUGCGAAAGACGACGACGAAUGGGAGGACUGUUCCGAGCUAUUGGCUAAGCCCGAGGAACUCCCAGCAGCAGAGGCAGAUGGUACGAUACCAGAGUUCAUUCUCGAUGUACUUCGUCAGGAUGCUGGGGAAAUGGGCUGUGACUCAGACGCUUUGAUUGCUCAAAUGAUGCAAUCCCAAUUCGAUCACGAGUACAACGCAGAAGUCAAGCGCAUCGAGAAGAAACGCAACCAAGGCUCUAAGGUGUCCAUUUCGCUGGAUAACUUUAUGCGCGAUGGUGAUAUGGAAUUCAUGACUGAAGAAGAACACAUUGAAGCGAAGGAACAACGCGACUGGGACCGCUUCGAGACCAACGAGAAGCUAUUCGAUACCAUUCCCAAGUGCGGCUUUAAAAUCGACAAGGACGGCGAGAUGAUAACCAAACACGAUGACAAUAUCUGCGGGGUUCGUAAUGCCUGCAGAGUCAUGUCCUUCCCACCGGAAUUCCCGACUGGCGAUGCUGCGGGAUUCGAUAUGAAGCUAUCCAAUCAGGUAUUCAAUCAACUGAGGACCUACUCCAGUAAGAAGCAGAAGAAGUCGAAGAUGCAGGACCGAAAGGAGAAUGUGGCCACAGCUGAGAUGGGAGUUGAUGCACCCACCCGGUUGUUGCUCUACAAAUUGAUAAACAACCAAAUCCUCGAACAGGUGAAUGGAAUCAUUUCGACUGGCAAGGAGGCGGUCAUUCUGCACGGAUCUCCCGAUCCCAAUUACGUGGGCGAUUUGUUGCUUCCCAAAGAAUGCGCCAUCAAGAUCUUCAAGACCACACUGAAUGAGUUCAAACAGAGGGAUCGCUACAUCAAGGACGACUAUCGCUUCAAGGACCGCUUUAGCAAACAGAACAACCGCGUGAUCAUAAAUAUGUGGGCAGAGAAGGAGAUGCACAACAUGAUGAGAAUGCGUGAUGCCGGAAUUAAUUGUCCCGACGUUGUGGUCCUCAAGAAGCAUGUUCUCGUCAUGUCAUUUAUCGGAGACAACCAUAAUGCAGCUCCCAAGCUAAAGGACGCUCGUCUCACCGAUGCCGAAUUGAGUCUUGCCUAUGAGGAGGUCAUCGACAUGAUGCACAAAAUGCACAACGUCGCGAAGUUGGUUCACGCAGAUUUGUCCGAGUACAACAUCCUGUGGCACGAUGACAAAUGUUGGUUCAUAGAUGUGGCUCAGUCGGUGGAGCCAGAACAUCCUAGCGCACUGGAGUUCCUCAUGCGUGAUUGCAACAAUAUUGUUUCUUUCUUUAAAAAACGCGGACUGCCAAAUGUUUACACAAAAGAAAAACUCUUCGAGCACAUUACCUCAUUGGAUGUUGAAAAACACAAUGCUGCCACUUUGGAACGGAUUCACACUCGUGGGGCAUCUAUCAAAGAGGCGACAGCCCCAAAUCAAGAUGAAGUUCCAGACGAAUUUAAACCACUAUCAUAUCCUUUUGAGACAGCCUGGGAGAAAUCGCAAGAAGACAGGCGUCUGGCCAAAGAAGUAGCCGUUUCCAAUAUCGAACUCACUGAUGCACUAAAAGUCCUUAGUGUGAAGGAUGGUGGAGAAUAGAUUGGUUAGGGAUUUUUUAUUUUUUGGUAAUCGAUUGAAUUCAAAUUUAGUUAGACAAAAAUUACAAAAAGAUAUUCAAAAUUUAACAACAACAAAAAACAAAACAAGUAAAAUUUAAUUUCGAAGUUUUGAAAGAAAAGAUUUUAGUAAAAUUUGUGUUUAGGGGAAGUCACAAAAUUAAUUUGAAUUUAAAGUCACAACAACCGAAGAUAUAACCCAAUCGACUAAAGUGGACUUAAUAAAACGUUAAUUGUAAUUGUAUUAUAAUUAAGAAACACAUUAUUGGAAAAUGAAAUUUGAUUUAAUUUGAAUAAAUAUUUUACUUUGACGCGAUGGACCUAGUCCUCAACCAACAAGUCAAGUAGUCUUAGACUGUAUCAACAAGUUGGUUGAGGUCGGAUUUCUAUUUGUGGGCGCCAUCU